AUGUCGACGAAGCAGGGCGCGGCCUUGCAAAAUUAUAACAAUGAACUGGUCAAGUGUUUGGAAGAGCUGUCCCAUCGGCGACAGAAGCUCCAGAAACAGAUCCAAGACGAGGAGAGUGUCAAGCAACAAUUGGAGUCUCAGAUGGUGAAACUUCGCCAAGAGUUGGACUCAGUGGAAGUGAGUUUGCGGGGCAAGCACGAUACUUUGGACAAGUACAAUGCCACCAUCGCCGAGAGCGAACAGGCUUACCUCAAGAUCCUGGAGAGCUCGCAGGUCUUGCUCAAUGUUUUGAAGCGCGAUGCCCAAACUCUAGACCGGACCGAUGCUCAAGGAUGACACCGAUGAUUGGAAUAGCUGAUGAUGAGAAAAGAAAGACGACUAUGCUUUCACCACACUUUGGAAAUACAUGUUCGAAACAAUGG